AUGAAAAGAUCAUAUUUUUUAUAUUCUGGAGCAAAGAAAAUCUCUUAUGUUCACCAGGCUUCUUCUAUUCCAUUUUUGAAUGAAACAAUUGGGCAACGAUUUCGAAAAAGUACAGAGAAAAACCCAGAUCGAAUAUAUUGCAUCUUUUCGAAGCAAAAUGUGAAGAAAAGCUACGAGAAGUUGUAUGAAGAGAGCUACCGCUUGGCCUCAUCACUGAUCGCUCUCGGCCUUCGACCGGGCGAUCGAGUCGGCAUGUGGGGACCGAACUAUUAUGAGUGGAUUCAGACGCAUUUCGCGUGUGCUCAAGCCGGUUUCGUUUUGGUAAACGUGAAUCCAUUCUAUCGAGUGCCCGAGUUAGAGUACGCGUUGAAAAAAGUUGGCGUCAAAGCUUUGGUGACUCCAUCGAGCUAUCGGAACUCACAAUAUUAUGGAUCGGUGACUGAGAUCAUCCCGGAAUUGGUGAAUCGAAAGCCUGGAGACGGAGAGAUCAAAAGCCAUCUCCUUCCAAAUCUCAAACAUUUGAUUGUCUUUGAUCCAAAUGAUAAAAGCAAAAAGUUCAAUGGAGCUUGGAACCUGGAAGAUCUUUCAACUGGAGCCGGAUCGGAGGCGGAUCGUUUCCUAAAAGAUAUUCAGUCAAAAAUCAAUUACGAUGAUCCGUUCAAUGUUCAAUUUACUAGUGGUACAACUGGAUCACCAAAAGCUGUCACUUUGACUCAUUUCAGUAUUUUAAACAAUGCAAAUUUCAUUGGACUAAAUUCGAACUUUGACAAAACGCGAGAAGUUAUUUGUGUGCCGAAUCCCCUCUAUCAUGCGUUUGGAUGUGUAGCCGGUUUGCUAACUGCUGUCGCUCAUUCACAAACUCUCCUCUUUCCAAGCGAGACUUUCAGUGCAGCAGCUGCUCUUCCUGCAAUCGAAAAAGAAAAAGCAACAUUUAUCUACGGUACUCCAACGAUGUUCAUUGAUAUUUUGAAUCAUGAGAAAUUCGAGAAAACUGAUGUUUCGAGUGUUAGUGGAGGCUACAUCUCAGCCGCUCCAAUCCCGAAGCCGUUGAUGGAAAGAAUGUUGGAAAAGUUGAAUAUGCAUAGAAUUCAAGUGCUUUAUGGAUGCACAGAGGCAUCGCCAGUCAUCACAACAGCUACAUUGCAACAGACACCACAAGAUCGAAUCAAGAAUUCCGGUUAUACGAUGGAUCAUUCUGAGACAGCAAUCAUCAAUCAACAAUCGGGAUUACCAGUGCCUAGAGGUGAACAAGGUGAACUCGUCACUCGGGGCUAUCACGUGAUGAGAGGAUAUUGGGGUGACGAAGAGAAAACAAAAGAAGCGAUUGAUGUGAAGAGAUGGUAUCAUACUGGAGACAUUGCCGUCAUGGCCGACGAUGGAGCUAUUUCAAUUGUUGGCCGAUUGAAAGAUAUGAUCAUUCGGGGUGGUGAAAACGUGUACCCGGCCGAGAUCGAGACAACGAUUUUCCGGCAUCCAGCCGUUGCCGAUGUACAUGUGAUCGGCGUGCCGGAUGUGAGACUCGGGGAAGAGAUCUGUGCAUGGAUUCGGUUGAAAGAUGGGAAAACGUUGACAGCUGAUGAGCUAAUCGAUUACUGCAAAGAUAAAAUGGCUCGACACAGUAUUCCUCGAUAUAUUCUCUUCAAAAAAGAGCACGAUUUCCCGUUGACUGCCACGGGGAAAGUUCAGAAAUUCGAGCUGCGAAGUAUCAGUAAAAAAGAGUUGGGAUUGGAAGAUGCGAAUUUCAAAUUAGAGUAUUUCCAAGAAAAUUUUGGCUUU